AUGUGCCCUCCCAGCGCCGCCGCCCCCUUAGACAUCUGGGUCCUCGCGAGGAGGGGGUCCCAGAACUUUCUCGGCGAGGCAGGCUGGAAGGUGCGCCCCGGAGGGUCCAGCCGCCCUCUUCCGGUAGGGAGCCUGCCCCCCCAUCUGGGCUGCGGAGACUCUGUGGAAGCGGAUUUGGAAGCUGCGAGGCAGGCCAGAUGCUUCACAGCCUCCCCGGAGGUGCAGGAAAUGAGCGCAUCUCAGGCAUCCGUGUCAUUCAAGGACGUGACUGUGGAGUUCACCCAGGAAGAAUGGCAGAAAAUCGAUCCCAAGCAGAGGACUCUGUACAGAGACAUGAUGCUGGAGAACUACAGCCACCUUGUCUCAGUGGGAUAUUGCUAUACAAAACCAGAAAUGAUCUUAAGGUUGGAGCAAGCAGAAGACCCAUGCUCAUUAGAGAAAGCAUUUCUAACCAGGAGAUCUUCAGUUCCCAGGGCCAGCGAACAAGAGUAACCGACAGUGUCUGUAUCCAGCCUAGGCUUCCCUCUCUCUGCCUGAUCUCUGCUCCCCCGGACGCUGUGCAGGUGUCCUGUGCCCCAGCCCGUGGCCUCCACCAGCUGACCUCCUGCAGACCUGGAGCGGAUGGUGUUCUGUGGACAGAAAAUUUACUGAGUCCCUGAGCAGUGAUCUCAUUUUCUCUGUGUGUGCUUCUUAAUUGUAAAUAGUUUGAGAUUUGGUUUAUUUAUAUAUCCAUUUAUUUGUAACUUUUCCUAAACUGUGCCCUUAGAGAAUUUGGUAACAUGUAUUUACAUUUGUAAUUAUUUCCUUAAUAGGUAUUUAAUGGACUAACAACUGCCCCAUUUUAAACAUACCCAAUCUGGUCAUUAGAGAUUCAGAUAAUAUCUUUUUCAACCUAAAGUACCCAUACAUCUGUAUAAUAAACUCACUUAUUAAUCUGA